AUGAAAUUUCUAAAAGUUGAAGAAUUUUUUGCCAAGCCCAAGCAAGAUGAAGGGGGGAAGAACGUGCUGCUGAUAACCGUAAAUUUGCUUCUGUUAUUUUCCAUGUUUCUGUAUGGCAUAAAUUACAUACUGAUGAAAUAUUUUAUUAUGAUAAAGGGAUCCAUCUACGUGUUCAUAAUUUUGAGGACAGUCUUAACCAUCCCACUAAUGAUUUACAUGUACACGUCGAAGCAGUCGGAACCGAACAAAAAAAAAUUACUCCAUGGGGUAGGUGAAAAUGAUGGUGUAGAUGAGCAGGAUGGUCAGAUAGACUUGGAGUUGUCAAAAGUUGGAGACGAAAAUGAAAAAAAAAAAAUUCCAAAGGUGAUAAAAAUGAUGAUAAUAAAAAAAAAAAAAAAAACGGGAAAGACAGUAAGGAUGGGAAAAUUGACGAUAACAUGCAAAAUGCAGAUGGAAAAAAAUAAUGAUGAUGGUACGGAUGAGUACAGCAGUAACAAGCACGAAACAUGUGUUAAUAUAGAAAAUACAUGUUCAAAUUAUUUUAGUAGAUUACUAAAAAAUGAUGAAAAAUUAAUUCCUAAGAUAGCCUACAUGCCAAUACUUAUCCUAUCCAUUACGGGAGCUUUGAGACAGGUCAUUGUCAUAAUCGCCUUACAGUAUACCGAUUCUCAUAAUGUGGCUAUUAUUCAGCCGACAAUCCCCAUUUUUACAGCCCUAAUGUCAUAUUAUUUGAAGAUUGAAAAGAUGAAUUAUUUAACUUGCUUGUCUAUUUUUUUGUCUUUUUUUGGGUUGGCCAUAACUGCGGAAGUGUGGAAUAUGGGUUCGUUCGAUUUUGGCUUUCUCCUAUUAUUAACCGUGCCCGUUACCAAGGGGCUGCAAGUGAUAUAUAUAAAUAUUGCCACUAGAUACGUAAGUAAUGAUAUCAUUCAAUUUUCCCAAAUGGCUGUUUUGUUCUUGAUAACCCUUCCAUUUGGCAUUCUCGGAGAAAUGUUCAUUAAUGAAAAUUACAAUGUGAUUGGCGAGAUAUACAAUGUGACGACUAAUCAGUUUUUGUGCAUUUUAUAUUCGACCCUUGCCAUUAUUUUUCUGUGUUGGAAAAUUCAAAUCAUCGCUUUGAAUUACCUUACCCCUGUAACCGUUUCUCUGUAUCAGUCCUUUCAGCCUUGCUUCACCUUCGUUUUGGCCAGGCUCUUUCUCAACGAGACCAUCAAUUAUAAUAAGUACAUCGGCACCAUUUUUAUUGUCCUCUCGCUGCUGCUUUAUCAAUAUGGUUGCACAAAGUGCUCCAAGGCGUA